UCCCCGCAGGCUGGCAGCGCGACCCCGGCGUGUCGGGAAUGGUUCUGCGCGCCCCGCAGCUGGCUCCGGGCUCUCCCUGGCCUGAAGCUGGGGGGCUCUGAGCCUGAGAGGCGCUGAGGCUGAGCGGAGCAGCGGCUCAGCGAUCCGCCCCGAGGCCCAGGACACGGCUUCCAGAGCGCCGGGCCGUCUUGAGCGCACCCGGAGCGCCGCAGUCCGGGUGGACAUCGGAGACCCGGCUGCGCCGCCCAGACACGCUGGCUUCGGAGGGACUCGGCUAGAAACUCCUGGCCAUCCUUGAACGGCGCCUCCUGAGUAGGCAGAGGACAGCUAGAUUCCUUCAUCCCCUCUCCUCGCCGCCCCCAUCCCUCACCACUCCCAGAGUGUCCCUCCCUUGGCUCUUUCCCAGACGACCCCUGAAGCAGCUGCGGCUGGAUUGCACAAUUCAUGGGCGGGCCGCAGGGGCUCGGGCGCCUGGUUAGGUGGCUGCCGAGAGCCCCGUGAGCCGCGGGUCCGGCCCGUCGAGCGCGCCCUCGGGGCGAAGAGCGCCGCGCCAGCCGAGGCGAUGCCAGGGUGGCUUCGAGCCGCCGGCCUCACGAGGCCCUAGGCAGGCAUGGGCCUGACAUCCCAACUCUAGGGACCCCCGAGCUUCACCCCACUGCUCGGACUAGCAAGGACCCACGACACGAUGGCUUCGGAAGUGGUGUGCGGACUGGUCUUCAGGCUGCUGCUCCCCAUCUGCCUGGCAGUAGCAUGUGCAUUCCGAUACAAUGGGCUCUCCUUCGUCUACCUUAUCUACCUCUUGCUCAUUCCUCUGUUCUCGGAACCAACCAAAACAACGAUGCAAGGACACACAGGGCGAUUGCUACAGUCCCUGUGCCUCACCAGCCUCUCCUUCCUGAUGCUGCACAUCAUUUUCCACAUCACGCUGGCCAGUCUGGAAGCUCAGCACCGCAUUGCACCUGCCUACAACUGCUCAACAUGGGAAAAGACCUUCCGGCAGAUCGGCUUUGAAAGCUUGAAGGGAGCUGAUGCUGGCAAUGGCAUCAGGGUGUUUGUGCCUGACAUCGGGAUGUUCAUUGCAAGCCUGACCAUCUGGCUGGUCUGCAGAAACAUUGUUAAGAAACCAGACACGGAAGAAGUAGCCCAAUUUAAUCCUGAUUGUGAAAAUGAAGAAUUGGCUGGAGGAGAGAAGAUGGAUUCGGAGGAGGCAUUGAUCUAUGAGGAGGACUUAGAUGGAGAGGAAGGCAUGGAAGGCGAGCUGGAAGAAAGCACAAAAUUAAAAAUGUUCCGCAGGCUCGCCUCCGUGGCCUCCAAGCUGAAGGAGUUCAUUGGCAACAUGAUAACCACAGCAGGCAAGGUCGUGGUGACCAUCCUGCUGGGCUCCUCAGGCAUGAUGCUGCCGUCCUUGACCUCAGCUGUGUAUUUCUUUGUGUUUCUGGGUCUGUGCACCUGGUGGUCCUGGUGCCGAACUUUUGACCCAUUGCUGUUUGGCUGCCUCUGUGUCCUGCUGGCAAUCUUCACUGCUGGGCACCUGAUUGGACUUUAUCUCUACCAGUUUCAGUUCUUCCAAGAGGCAGUUCCACCCAACGACUACUAUGCAAGGUUGUUUGGAAUCAAAUCUGUCAUUCAGACAGACUGCUCCAGCACCUGGAAGAUCAUAGUAAACCCAGAGCUGUCCUGGUAUCACCAUGCCAACCCCAUUCUCCUGCUGGUGAUGUACUACACAUUGGCCACGCUGAUCCGCAUCUGGCUGCAAGAGCCCCUUGUGCAGGAGGAGAUGGCGAAGGAAGAGGAGGGCACCCUGGACUGCAGCUCCAAUCAGAACACAGCAGAGAGGAGGCGGAGCCUGUGGUAUGCAACCCAGUACCCUACGGAUGAGAGAAAACUUUUAUCCAUGACCCAAGAUGACUACAAACCAUCUGAUGGUCUUCUGGUGACCGUGAAUGGCAACCCUGUGGACUACCACACCAUCCACCCGAGUCUGCCCUUAGAGAACGGUCCCGCCAAGACUGACCUGUACACCACUCCCCAGUACCGAUGGGAUGCCUCGGAGGAGUCCUCAGAAAAGAAAGAGGAAGAUGAGGACAAGAAAGAAGAUUCAGAAGGGGAGGGAAGCCAAGAGGAAAAGAGGAGUGUGAGAAUCCAUGCCAUGGUCACCGUGUUCCAGUUCAUCAUGAAGCAAAGUUACAUCUGUGCCCUCAUCGCUAUGAUGGCGUGGAGCAUCACCUACCACAGCUGGCUGACGUUCGUGCUGUUGAUUUGGUCCUGCACUCUUUGGAUGAUACGCAACAGGAGGAAAUACGCCAUGAUCAGCUCUCCUUUCAUGGUUGUCUAUGCCAAUCUGCUGCUGGUACUGCAGUACAUAUGGAGCUUUGAACUGCCUGAAAUCAAGAAGGUCCCAGGAUUUCUAGAAAAGAAAGAGCCAGGAGAACUUGCUUCAAAGAUUCUCUUUACCAUCACAUUUUGGCUACUCCUGAGACAGCACCUUACAGAGCAAAAGGCCCUUCAGGAAAAGGAAGCACUUUUGUCGGAAGUCAAAAUUGGAAGUCAAGAACUUGAAGAAAGGGAAGAUGAGGAGCUCCAAGAUAUACAAGUGGAAGGAGAGCCCGCAGAGAAGGCAGAAGAAGAGGAGAUAAAGGAAGAAAGGCAUGAGCUAAAGAAGGAAGAGGAAGAGGAAGUAGAAGAAGAUGAUGACCAGGACAUCAUGAAGGUGCUGGGCAAUCUGGUGGUGGCCCUGUUCAUUAAGUACUGGAUCUACGUCUGCGGGGGCAUGUUCUUUUUUGUCAGCUUCGAGGGGAAAAUCGUCAUGUACAAAAUCAUCUACAUGGUGCUGUUCCUGUUCUGUGUGGCCUUGUACCAGGUGCACUAUGAAUGGUGGAGGAAAAUUUUGAAAUACUUCUGGAUGUCAGUGGUCAUUUAUACCAUGCUGGUGCUCAUCUUUAUAUACACUUACCAAUUUGAAAACUUCCCAGGCCUGUGGCAAAACAUGACUGGCUUAAAGAAGGAAAAGCUUGAGGAUCUCGGCCUGAAGCAGUUUACUGUGGCGGAACUGUUCACACGCAUAUUCAUCCCCACCUCCUUUCUGCUGGUGUGUAUCCUACACCUUCACUACUUCCAUGACCGGUUCCUGGAACUCACAGACCUCAAGUCCAUCCCCAGCAAAGAAGACAACACCAUCUACAGCCAUGCCAAAGUCAAUGGUCGCGUGUAUCUAAUAAUAAAUAGCAUCAAGAAAAAAUUACCAAUCCACCAGAAUGAAUUGGCCCACCCUGAAGGAAGCCUCCCAGACCUAGCCAUUAUGAAUAUGACCACCAGCCUGGAUAAGCCUGAGGUGCAGAAGUUGGUAGAGCCUGGGGAGGAGAGGCCAGAAGAAUGUGCCAAGAAGGCAGAGAAGGGUGAGCCAGGGAAAGACAGUGAUGAGUCUGAGGAGGAGGAAGAUGAGGAAGAGGAAUCGGAAGAGGAAGAAACCUCAGAUCUAAGGAACAAGUGGCUUCUGGUGAUUGACCGCCUCACUGUGCUCUUCCUAAAAUUCCUGGAGUAUUUUCACAAGUUGCAGGUGUUUAUGUGGUGGAUCUUGGAGCUGCACAUCAUCAAAAUCGUCUCGUCGUACAUUAUCUGGGUUACUGUGAAAGAGGUGUCUCUGUUCAACUAUGUAUUUUUGAUUUCUUGGGCAUUUGCUCUGCCAUAUUCCAAACUCCGCCGCGUGGCUUCUAGUGUAUGCACUGUCUGGACAUGUGUGAUCAUCGUCUGCAAAAUGUUGUACCAGCUGCAAACCAUUAAGCCUGAGAACUUUUCUGUCAACUGCUCCUUGCCCAAUGAAAACCAAACCAACAUACCCCUGAAUGAGUUGAACAAGUCUCUUCUCUACAGUGCCCCUGUUGAUCCCACCGAGUGGGUCGGCCUGAGGAAGUCCUCCCCUUUGCUGGUCUACCUGAGGAAUAACCUCCUGAUGUUAGCAAUUUUGGCCUUUGAAGUCACCAUUUAUCGACAUCAGGAGUACUAUCGAGGCCGAAACAACCUGACCGCUCCAGUGUCCAAGACUAUCUUUCAUGACAUCACAAGGUUACAUCUAGAUGAUGGACUUAUCAAUUGCGCCAAAUAUUUUAUAAACUACUUCUUCUACAAGUUUGGCCUAGAGACCUGUUUCCUAAUGUCAGUGAAUGUAAUUGGACAGCGAAUGGAUUUCUAUGCCAUGGUUCAUGCCUGUUGGCUGAUUGGUGUCUUGUAUCGACGCAGAAGAAAAGCCAUCGCUGAGGUCUGGCCCAAGUACUGCUGUUUCCUGGCUUGUAUCAUCACCUUCCAGUACUUCGUCUGCAUUGGCAUCCCCCCUGCCCCCUGCAGAGAUUACCCAUGGAGAUUCAAGGGUGCCAACUUCAAUGAUAACAUCAUCAAGUGGCUGUACUUCCCGGAUUUCAUUGUGCGCCCCAACCCUGUGUUUCUUGUCUAUGACUUCAUGCUGCUCCUGUGCGCCUCCUUACAACGACAGAUUUUUGAAGAUGAAAACAAGGCAGCUGUGCGCAUCAUGGCCGGGGACAAUGUGGAGAUUUGCAUGAACCUCGAUGCAGCCUCAUUCAGCCAGCAUAACCCCGUACCGGAUUUCAUUCAUUGCAGAUCUUACUUGGACAUGUCCAAAGUGAUCAUCUUCAGCUACCUCUUCUGGUUCGUCCUCACCAUCAUCUUCAUCACAGGAACAACCAGAAUCAGCAUAUUUUGCAUGGGCUACUUGGUGGCCUGUUUCUAUUUCCUGCUCUUUGGGGGUGAUUUGCUGCUGAAACCCAUCAAGAGCAUCCUACGCUACUGGGACUGGCUGAUUGCAUACAAUGUGUUUGUGAUCACCAUGAAAAAUAUACUGUCAAUAGGAGCCUGUGGAUAUAUCAGCGCACUAGUGAGAAACAGCUGCUGGUUGAUCCAAGCGUUCAGCCUGGCCUGCACAGUGAAAGGCUAUAAAAUGCCUGAAGAUGACUCCAAAUGCAAGCUGCCCAGUGGGGAGGCGGGGAUCAUCUGGGACAGCAUCUGCUUUGCCUUCCUCCUACUUCAGAGAAGAGUCUUCAUGAGUUAUUAUUUCCUGCAUGUCGUGGCUGACAUAAAAGCUUCCCAGAUCCUGGCAUCCAGAGGGGCUGAACUUUUCCAGGCUACAAUUGUGAAAGCUGUAAAGGCAAGAAUUGAGGAAGAAAAAAAGUCCAUGGAUCAGCUAAAGAGACAGAUGGAUCGCAUCAAAGCCCGGCAGCAAAAGUACAAAAAGGGUAAGGAGAGGAUGCUGAGCUUGACCCAGGAGUCAGGGGAAGGCCAGGACAUCCAGAAACUCUCAGAAGAAGAUGACGAAAGAGAAGCAGACAAACAGAAAGCCAAGGGCAAAAAAAAGCAGUGGUGGCGGCCUUGGGUUGAUCAUGCUUCCAUGGUCAGGAGUGGAGACUAUUAUUUAUUUGAAACGGAUAGUGAAGAGGAGGAAGAAGAGGAACUUAAGAAGGAAGAUGAAGAACCUCCACGGAAGUCAGCAUUCCAGAGAGCUAUUGGAAAGUUUGCCUCAGCCAUUUUAGCCUUGCCAAAGUCUGUCAUUAAACUUCCUAAAACUAUUCUUCAGUAUUUAAUCAGAGCUGCAAAGUUCGUCUAUCAGGCCUGGAUUACUGAUCCUAAAACAGCACUCCGACAGAGGAGGAAAGAGAAAAAAAAGCUGGCAAGAGAAGAGCAGAAAGGAAGACGCAAAGGAUCUGGGGAAGGUCCAGUGGAAUGGGAAGAUCGAGAAGAUGGGCCAAUCAAAAAGAAGUCCGAUGGGCCAGAUAACAUCAUCAAGAGGAUAUUUAAUAUUCUGAAGUUCACCUGGGUCCUAUUCCUGGCCACGGUGGAUAGUUUCACCACUUGGCUCAACUCCAUCUCAAGGGAACACAUCGACAUAUCCACAGUUCUGAGGAUUGAAAGGUGUAUGCUGACCCGAGAGAUUAAGAAGGGCAACGUCCCAACACGGGAAAGCAUCCACAUGUACUACCAGAACCACAUCAUGAACCUUUCCAGAGAAUCAGGACUGGACACAAUUGACGAGCACCCUGGAGUUGAUUCCAGGGCCCAGGCAGCUCACAGGAUGGAUAGCUUAGAUUCCCAUGACAGUAUCUCCAGCUGCUACACUGAAGCAACCCUGCUGAUCUCAAGGCAGUCCACCCUUGAUGAUUUAGAUGGACAAGACUCUGUUCCUAAAACAAGCGAGCGCGCUCGGCCUAGGCUCCGUAAAAUGCUCAGCAUGGACAUGUCUUCCUCAUCAGCUGACAGUGGCAGUGUAGCAUCCAGCGAGCCCACCCAGUGCACCAUGCUGUAUUCACGCCAAGGGACAACAGAAACCAUUGAGGAGGUGGAGGCUGAAGCUGAGGAGGAGGUGGGAGAGGGUCUGGAGUCCGAGCUCCAUGAUGCAGAAGACAAGGAGUACGCGGCAGAGUAUGAAGCAGGGGUAGAGGAGGAGGUCAGCCUCACUCCGGAUGAGGAGUUGCCUCAGUUCUCCACAGAUGAUGGGGAUGUAGAGGCCCCACCCUCCUACAGCAAGGCUGUCAGCUUUGAGCAUCUGUCUUUUGCCUCACAAGAUGACUCCGGGGCCAAGAACCACAUGGUAGUCAGCCCCGAUGACAGCCGUACCGACAAGCUGGAGUCAAGUAUCUUACCACCUCUGACUCAUGAGCUGACAGCCAGCGAGCUGCUGAUGAACAAGAUGUUCCAUGAUGAUGAACUUGAAGAAUCUGAGAAAUUCUAUGUGGACCAGCCCCGGUUCUUGUUGCUGUUCUACGCCAUGUACAACACUCUGGUAGCCCGCUCAGAAAUGGUGUGCUAUUUUGUGAUCAUCCUCAACCAUAUGAUCUCUGCCUCCAUCAUCACUCUCCUGCUGCCCAUCCUCAUCUUCCUCUGGGCCAUGCUGUCUGUCCCCAGGCCCAGCCGACGCUUCUGGAUGAUGGCCAUCGUCUAUACUGAGGUGGCGAUUGUGGUAAAAUACUUCUUCCAGUUCGGCUUCUUUCCUUGGAAUAAGGACUUGGAAUUGAACAAGGACAAACCCUACUUUCCGCCAAACAUCAUAGGAGUGGAGAAGAAAGAGGGCUAUGUUCUUUAUGACCUCAUUCAGCUGCUGGCCCUGUUCUUCCAUCGCUCCAUCCUGAAGUGUCAUGGCUUAUGGGAUGAGGAUGACAUUGUUGACAGUGGCACAGACAAGGAGGAGUCUGAUGAUGAACUCUCCCUGGAUCACGGCAGAAGAGGCUCCUCAGACUCACUGAAGUCCAUCAACCUGGCUGCCUCUGUGGAGUCUGUGCACGUGACCUUCCCAGAGCAGCCAGGGGCCAUCCGGAGAAAACGUUCCUGCAGCAGCUCCCAGAUCUCCCCACGGUCCAGCUUCUCUUCAAAUAGGUCCAAAAGAGGAAGCACAAGCACCCGAAACAGUAGCCAGAGAGGAAGCAGUGUUUUGAGCAUUAAACAGAAGAGCAAAAGAGAACUUUACAUGGAGAAACUUCAGGAGCAUUUAAUCAAGGCAAAGGUCUUUACCAUAAAGAAGACUCUACAAAUAUAUGUGCCCAUUCGGCAAUUUUUCUAUGACCUCAUCCACCCAGACUACAGUGCUGUAACAGAUGUGUAUGUGCUGAUGUUCCUGGCUGACACUGUGGACUUCAUCAUCAUCGUCUUUGGCUUCUGGGCCUUUGGGAAACACUCAGCAGCUGCAGAUAUCACCUCUUCUCUGUCAGAAGACCAGGUCCCCGGGCCAUUCCUGGUGAUGGUCCUCAUUCAGUUUGGAACCAUGGUGGUGGACCGUGCACUCUACCUCAGGAAGACUGUGCUAGGCAAGGUCAUUUUCCAGGUCAUUCUCGUGUUUGGGAUUCACUUCUGGAUGUUCUUCAUCUUACCCAGUGUGACUGAGAGGAAAUUCAGCCAGAACCUGGUGGCUCAGCUUUGGUACUUUGUGAAGUGUGUGUACUUUGGGUUGUCUGCCUAUCAAAUCCGCUGUGGCUACCCAACGCGCGUGCUUGGAAACUUCCUCACUAAGAGCUACAAUUAUGUCAAUCUCUUCCUGUUUCAAGGGUUCCGCCUGGUCCCAUUUCUGACGGAGCUGCGGGCUGUGAUGGACUGGGUGUGGACAGACACGACCUUGAGCCUCUCCAGCUGGAUUUGUGUGGAGGACAUUUAUGCACACAUUUUCAUCUUAAAGUGCUGGCGGGAGUCGGAAAAGAGAUACCCUCAGCCCCGGGGCCAGAAGAAGAAGAAAGCGGUGAAAUACGGCAUGGGCGGCAUGAUCAUUGUCCUGCUCAUCUGUAUCGUGUGGUUUCCGCUGCUCUUCAUGUCUUUGAUCAAAUCUGUCGCAGGGGUUAUCAACCAGCCCCUGGAUGUGUCCGUCACAAUCACCCUAGGAGGGUAUCAGCCUAUCUUCACAAUGAGUGCCCAGCAAAGCCAGCUGAAAAUUAUGGAUGGUGCAAAAUAUAAAGCAUUCCUAAAGUCUUUCGCCACCAACACCGGUGCUAUGCAAUUCCUGGAGAAUUAUGAGAAAGAAGACAUAACAGUAGCAGAACUGGAAGGAAAUUCAAAUUCUUUGUGGACCAUCAGCCCUCCCAGUAAGCAGAAAAUGAUACAGGAGCUCACCGACCCCAGUAGUUCCUUCUCUGUUGUUUUUUCAUGGAGUAUUCAGAGAAAUAUGACUCUGGGUGCAAAAGCAGAAAUAGCAACCGAUAAGCUUUCUUUUCCUCUUGCAAGUGAAACACGAAAUAAUAUCGCUAAGAUGAUCGCCGGCAAUGAUACAGAAAGUUCAAACACGCCCGUGACAAUAGAAAGGAUCUACCCGUACUAUGUGAAGGCACCCAGUGACGCAAACUCAAAACCUAUAAAGCAACUUCUAUCUGAAAGUAAUUUCAUGAAUAUCACCAUCAUUUUGUUCAGAGACAAUGUCACUAAAUCCAACAGUGAGUGGUGGGUUCUCAACCUGACCGGAAACAGGAUAUACAACCAAGGGUCCCAAGCCUUGGAGCUGAUUAUCUUCAAUGACAAAGUCAGCCCCCCGAGUCUGGGCUUCUUGGCUGGCUAUGGUAUCAUGGGAUUAUAUGCGUCAGUUGUCCUUGUAAUUGGGAAAUUUGUUCGAGAAUUCUUCAGUGGGAUCUCUCACUCUAUCAUGUUUGAAGAGCUUCCAAAUGUGGAUCGAAUUCUGAAGUUGUGCACAGACAUAUUUUUAGUCCGGGAGACAGGGGAACUGGAGCUGGAAGAAGAUCUCUAUGCCAAAUUGAUAUUCCUGUACCGAUCACCAGAAACCAUGAUCAAAUGGACUAGAGAAAAAACAAACUGAUACCUUAAGAGCCAGACUGCAAAUGGAGUUAUCAUUUGAAUUUUCUUUUUAAUUAAGAAAAAGCACAACACUCUCUGAAGAGCUAAGCAUUUCUAGUCUGGCAGCAACCGUUUCUCUCUGGCAGGAGGCUGAAAGAAGUUGGUUUUCUCUGUCAUGAAAAGCCAUCCUGCACAGGAAGGCACUGUUGUAGUUCUUCGUACUCCCAUGUCUCUGAAAUCAGGGCUCUUUGCUUUAGAGUUUUCUCAGUCAACAGUGUCUUGCAUCCUUAUCGGUUAUGGGAAAGGUUCACGUCGGGUCCCUUCCCUCGGAGAAAAGUGGAAGGCACCUGUGUCUUACUCUCUGGGGACCUCACCCUUCUGGGGACCUCAUGGUCAAAGUGCAACACAUAGCUCUUCCCACCACUGGGGGAACUGCUGAGCAGAGACCUCCCCCCUCCCCCAGCCCUCAGCAAUAGGAGGCAGCAGCACUGCCCAUGUUUCUAGAGGAGAGACAGGACGGUGACCCAGAAGAUGGUGGUGGAUGGUCAAGCCUCAUUCUAAGCAAAAAGAUAACAUUAGUGAUACUCCUACUGCCUUAUCUCAACUGAAGACUAGUAAGAAAUCUUUCUAUUGAACACCAGUGACUUCUCAGGAAAAAAAAAACACUCAGCAAAGCAACUACUUGGACUCCUGCUUUGAGGUCGGGUGGUAACCACCCCCAGGUAGCGGUGACCAUUCUGCUUCAGAUGGCUCCUGUUGCACCAGAAACAGAAGGACGGCAGUGGUCAGCCCAGCCUGAUGGGAAGGAACACCUUGGCUUUGUAACUCCAGUGACUGAGGCCACAGGGCUCUUCUGCCUCCCCCACCCCCCCACGUGCUUUCUCCCAUUUUUUCCGUGAUUUAAGGCAGUGGUUUUUCCAGGAUGACUUUUCCUUGCUGUUUUUCAGGCAUAUCAGAGUUUACAUAUUCCAAUUCACAUUUUUACAUCUAAGACGGGUUUUUUUAAGUUCAUUAUUAUGAAAGAAAUAUGUAUAUUGAGCUUGGGGAAAUAAAAAAAUGGCCUUUUCUUAAAUUAUUAUCAUUGGAAACACAACCUCUUCAUGAAUUAGCAAUGUAGCAUGAAAAUUUAUUAUUGAAAUAUAGUUUUCAUUCAAUAUUAAAAAUCAAGUUUCUGAGAAGAACCAUUGAAUGGGCUAGAAUCUGUCAAAAACCACUCCUGUGUACUUUGGGUUCAGGACCGACUUAAA